AUGGCUGACGACGAUAAGGGACGUCUUGGGGGGCGUUUUGGAGCAGGAUUUGCAUCUCUCCGACAACAGGCGGAAAAACUGAGUAGCAAUGUCACAUCACAAGUUUCGGAAAUGAAUACCAAGAUUCAGGAGACAGCCACCAAAAUCAAUUUGGCCCCCGAGGGCAAAGCUGCUGCGCCUACACCCGCGUCGGCCGAAAAAUCAGUAGGUGGUGGUGGUGGUGGUCUUGCCAAUGCUUCCCGAGAAGAAUUGGUCGAUGUCUUGCAAAAAAUGAACAAAAAAGUCAAGGCACUGAGUGCCUUGCGAGCUCAAUUGACGGAAAAGUUGCAAAAGACAGAACUAGAACGAGAUAAAUUGGUCAUAUUUUCCAAGGAGGAAGUUCUUAAGGGUGUUGAUGUGACUACAAUUGAUGACAAACAGUCGUUGGUUCCACAGUUGCAACUACUUUGGCAGUCCAAGGAGGAGCAAGACAAACAGCAACUGGACCAACUGAAGUCUUUACUGAGAUCCAGCGGAGGGGAUAAUGCCGCUGCUUCCAAUUCGAAUGGCAAAGAAAUUGAAACUUUGAAAGCACAAUUGAAACAAGAGCACGAGCGAGAAACCAAAGUAUUGAAGGAUGAAAUUGCCAAGCUAAAGCAAGGGGCGACUAGUGCACCUGAAGAUGCCCCCAGUACACCUGCUGGAGAUGGGAAUACUUCUGAAUUGGAAGCCCUCAAGGUCAAACAUGCUGAAGAUAUGAAAAAGCUCAAGCAAGCGGCCGCCAUGCAACUCCAAAAUUUCAAAAAGAAGGUAGCCACCGCCCGGGCUACUGAAUUAGAAAAGGUCAAGGCCGCAGCGGAAGCCGAGACAAGAGCCAAGAUGGAAGAGGAGAUGAAGGCAAAGGGAGGCGAUUCGAAACCGAGUGGGGACCAACAAAAGGCCCCUGAUGCUGCCGAGACAGAAGAGCUGAAGAAACAACAUGCACAGGAGAUUGAAAAAAUAAAGGCGGCUCUCGAGGCAGAGCAAGCUAAUGCCCUGAAGCAGGCUAUCGAAAAGCAUGAGACUGAAAAGAAGAAGAUGACAGAAGAGUCAUCGACAAAACUGAAGCAGGAAAUCGAACGUGCUCGAAAUGUAAUCCAACAAGCUACGAAAAAGCAAGCGGAUGCACAAGCAGAGAAGCUGUUAGUCACCAUGAAUUUACAAGGCAAAGAACACCAAGAGGAGCUAGAUAAAAUUCGAGCGGUGUGUGAUCAACGUGUCAAGGAGGCGGAAGAAAAGCUUCAGAGUCAACAGAAGGGAUCAAAGGAAUCGUCAAAUAGUCUUAAAAAAUUACAAGAUGCCAACAAGGUUCAAAUCGAAAAGCUUCAAAAGGAGUUCAAGCAGCAAUCAGAGAAGCAGGAAGCUGAAUGGAAGAAGAAGUACGAAGAUCAAGCCAAGGAUCUCACCGCAGCUGCCGCCGCCGGAGAAUCGAAGCAGACUGAAGUCAAAUUGAACGAGCUGAAGAUGCAGUUGACAGCACAAUUCGAGGCAGAAAAGAAAAAGAUUCAAGAGCAGCAACAAGCCGAGAUGAAAAAGGUGCAAACCGAAAUGUCAGCUGCAACCGACAAGAAGCUGAAGGAGUUGCAAGCAAGUACGGAAUACCUGAAAAAGAGUGUGGCAGACCAAAAGGCAACAGAACUCAAAAAGCUUCAAAAAAGUCUGGAAGACAAAUUCGCAGCGGAGAAGGUUAAUGCAGCAAAGACUCAUUCGGGGGAAGUUGAAAAGCUCAAGGCCGAAAUUGCCAAUGCUAGUCAGAAGCAAGCUGAGAUACUGAAGAAUUCUUCGGAGAAAGAAAAGCAAGAUCUAGCGCAACAGAAGGAAGCGGAAUUGAAGAAGCUUCGUUCGGAACUUACUGAAGCGUUCGGAAAAGAGAAGCAAGCCCUCGAAAAGCAACACAGUGCAACGAUAGAAAAGAUGAAAUCUGAGCUCUCCGCUGAGGCGCAGAAGAAGAUUUCUGACCUAAAAAAGGCCGCAGCGGACGAAAAGAAGAAGCUCGUCUCGCAAAACGACAAGAAAUUCUCUGAUGCAAUCGAAAAGACAAGGUCAGACUUGCAAAAGGGUCAUAAAGAGGAACUUGCUAAAGCCGUGGAUGAAGCCAGGGCAGGCACUUCGGACCAAUUGAAUGAGAUGAACAAGAAGCUCGAAGAACAAGCAAAGUCGUUGAAAGAGAAGUCAGAAAAGGAGAGGAUAGAGGCAGUGAAGGUAGCCAAAGCCGGAGUUACCAAGGCUGUGACGGAGAAAUUCGAAGCCAAGCUGAAGGAGAUGAAACAAGAAAUGGAGAAGAGCAAAUCUGGUCAAGUGCAAACCAUACAGAAGCAAUACGACGAGUCAGCAAAGAAGCUCACGGCUGCAGAGCAAACGAUUACAGAGCUUCAAAAGAAAUUGGAUGAAGCCACGAAGGAGCUGAAGGAUACAAAGGAUCAAAUUCAAAUUAUGACAAAAGAAAACCAGGAGAAGAUCGAUUCAUUGAAGAAAGAUCUUCAGGCGCAGGCGCAAACAACACUUGAGCAAUCGAAGCAAAGCAUCAUAUUGCAAGCCGAGAAAGAGAAUGCACAAAAGUUGGAGAAGCUGCAGAAGGAUAAGGAGAAUGAAAUCAAAACUCUGCACAAGAAACUGACUGAUGAGAAGGCAGCCGAACUGAAGAAGGUUUUCGAUUCUCAUGCUUCCAAUUUGGAAGGUGUCAAGAAGGAGCAGGCAAGUGAGCUGAAGCAAAAGAUAGACCAAGCUUUAAAGAAUGCUGUUCAAAAGAAGCAGAAGGAAUUGGACGAGUUCAAGCAGCAAGCGGAAGAAAAGUUGUCGAAGGAAAAGAGUGCAAUAGAAAACAGCACCAAACACCAAAUAGCUGCAGUAAGGAAGGAGGAAGCCGAGAAGUUGGCAAAGGCGCUCGAAGCUGAGAAAUCAAAGGCGAAGGAAGUGAUGGAGAUGACCUCCAAGUUUGAGAAACAGUCCAAGGAAUUGCAAGCUGUUUCGAAGAAGACAGCUGACGAGCUCGAAGCCGCCGUUCGUAGAGAGAAGUCUUUGCAAGAGAUGGUGCAGGGUUUGGAACAAAAGAUUGGAGCGAUGGAUGAUGAGAGGAAAGCGAUUUUGGAUGCUGCAAAGGACGGAGAAAAGAAUUCCCAAAAUUUGGUUCAGGAGUCACUUAAGAAGCAAAGGGACUCGUACGAAAAGAUGAUGAAAGAACAGACGGACAAUCACGGCAGCGAGGUCAAAUCCUUGAACGAGAAGGUUUCCAAGCUUGACAAGACUAUAACAAGUUUGAAUGAGAAAUUGGAAUCCACGGAGACAGAACGGAGCAAGAGCAUGGAGACAAUGAAGUCGGAAAAGGCCAAGAUCGAAAAGGAGCUUCAAGAUUCAAAGAAGUUGGUGAAGGACAUGUCUGAUUCGUCUAAGAAAAUGGAAGAGGCAGGGAAGGCGUUGCAGGCAAGAAAUGAUAAGCUUGCAGCGGAUCUCCAAAGCACGGCAGCCGAAAUCAAAAGAAUGAAUGGCAUGGUGUCGCAAUUUGAAAAGGCGACGGAAGCUAACGUGGCAGAGAAGACCAAACUUGAGAAGGAAUUGGAGGUGUCAAAGAAACUGGUGAAGGAUAUGUCAGAUUCCUCUUCGAAGAUGCAAGGUGCCGAGAAGGCAUUGAAAACAAAAAACGACAAGCUCGUGGCGGAUCUCAACGUUUUGACCAAAAAGCACGAAACCGAAGUCAAGACGUUGAAUGAGAAUAUUUCCAUUUUGGACAAGAAUAUUAGAACUCUUAACGAGAAACUGGCAUCCAAAGAGACGGAGUACAAGAAGGGGUUGGAAAGUCUGAAUGCAGAAAAGUACAAAACCGAAAAAGAACUUGAGCUCUCUAAGAAGCUGGUUAAGGAAAUUUCCGACUCUUCGUCGCAGGUGCAGGGCGCAGAGAAGGCGCUAAAAGCACAAAACGACAAACUGGUAGAAGAUAUGAAGGCAGCCAACAAAAAGCACGAAUUCGAAGUCAAAUCGUUGAUCGAUAAGGUUUCAGCGCUAGACGAAACGAUAUCGAAAUUGAAUCAAAAUGUAGCUUCGAAGGAAGCUGAGUUGAAGAAGACCACCGAGACCAUGAAGCUGGAGAAAGCCAAGAUCGUAAAGGAGCUCGAGGCUGCGAAGAAGCUUUUGAAGGAUUCAUCUUCGAAGAUGCAGGGCACAGAGAAGGCGCUGAAAGCACAAAACGACAACCUGACAGAAGACCUUGAGGCAUCCAGCAAGAAGCACGAGGCGGAAGUCCAGUCGUUGAAUCAAAAGGUAUCCCAACUUGAUAAGACCAUUGGAAUUCUGAAUGAGAAGUUGGCGACGAAGGAAGCUGAGUUCAAAAAGAGUACGGAGGCCGCCAGGGCAGAAAAGGCCAAGAUUGACAAAGAACUGGAGGCCGCAAAGAAGUUGGUGAGAGACACAUCGGAUGCGUCAUCAAAGAUGCAAGGUGCAGAGCAGACGCUGAAGCAAGAGAAUGAGAGAUUGGCUGAGGAGUUGAAUAAACUACGUUCGACCCUGAAAGAAGAAUCUGAAAAGGUUACGAAGAUGACUACUAACUCGGCAACUGAACUAUCAACGUUGAAAUCCAGUCUUGAAGGUGCUAACAAAGAGCUUGCAGUAUUGAAGGAGAAAUACGAGGCUUCAAUGAAGAAGUUGCAGCAAGCAGUAUCCACCAAGGUUCCGCCCGAAAAGCUGACACAACUUGAAACUCAAGUUUCGACUCAGACGAAGGAGCUCGCAGAUGUUAAGUUUUCUCAUGAGCAACAGAUGAAGGAAUUGUCGCAGCAGCUGAAGAAGAUGCGAGACGAGAAAGCACAAGCCGAAAAACAAAUCGAGGAGCUCGGUUCGCAAGCUGGACAGGCAACUGAAAAGGAGUCACAACUCCAAGAACUCCAAUCAAAAUACGCGGAGGCCAUGAAGAAAACCGAGGAGGAACACGCGAAUGCCAAGAAGAAGCUGGUGGAAGACUUGACUUCGCAGUCCAAGGAUCUUGAAAGUCGUCUCAAGGCAGAAAUGGAUGCUGAAGCGAAGAAGCAUGAAGACGAAUUGAAGCAGUUGAAGAACAAGAUGGCAGACCAUGUGGAUAAGAUGAAGGCUCAAAUGAUGACUAAGCUAACAGAAGAAAGAGAAAAGUCGAAGGCUGUUCAAGAUGCUACGGCUGAAAAAGACUCGAAACGAGAUGAGAAGGUCAAUAAGCUCGCAGCACAAUUGAAAACCAUUUCGGAGGCCGCAAAGAAGGGCCAAGAAGAAAGGAUUCAACUACAGAAGUCACUUGAAAAGGAAGCAGCAGCAAAGAAGCAGCUUACAGAGGAGCUGGAACAGCAAAAGAAGCUGUUUAGGGAAGCUGAAUCAAAGAGCAAGGCAGCUGAAGACGCUUUGAAGCAGAAAUCGAACACUACAGAGAACGCCGUAGCAGAAUUUGAGAAGAUGAAGGGAAUGUUGGAUGCCAAGACAAACCAGGUCGAAGAGCUAAGUGGAAAGUUGAAUGCUCUCUCGACAAACUUGAACAUCAUGGCAGAAGAUGCGAGGGAAAAGGAGAAUGCAAUUGCAGACGCGAAGAGGCAAAGAGCCAAGUUGGACCUGAGUGAAACUGAGAUUGAAAACAUGAGACAGGAGAUGAACAAGCUAAAGCUCGAAUUGACAAAAACAAGCCAGCUUGCAAACCGCCUUCAAAGCGAAAAGGAAGCGAGUGAGCAAAACCAUGGACAACGAACGGCGAUGAUGGGCAUGCUCGAAAAUCAACUCGCUGAAGUGAAUGAAAAGAACGCAGAAGUCAACGCAAAACUGGAAGCAGCCAUCUACGAUCUCAGCCAAAGAGACGAAAGUCUCAAGGCGUUCGAAAGGGAUUUGAAGGACGCACAAGAUGCACUUGCUUUGGCAGAGAAGGGAAAGAAGGAAUCCAGCGAGAACGCGUUGCAGGCUCAAAAGGGAGCAGCUAAGAGAAACAACAUGGUGACCGAAAGUCUUCAACGGGAAUUUCAGCAACUGCAACAGUCUUCAGCCCGAAAGAGUGCUGCGGCUCAAAAACUCAUCCAAGAGAAGGAAUCCGAAUGCGCGGAACUCCGAACAGAAAACAGGAAGCUCAAGCAAGAGGUGGACAAGGGGUCCUUGAGCGAUAGAAAAAUUUUCGAACUUGCCGAAAUGCAAAGCAAUCGCGAAUCCGCACAAGCUUCGGAAAUCGAAGUCCGAGAUCGUGCAUUGGAACGAUUGACUACAGCACUGCUGAAGCGAGACGGAGAUUUGGCAGCCGCCGAAAGAACGGCACACGAGAUCGAGGCUCAAGUCGAAGAAUUGUGCCGUGUGAAACGUCGCGAGGACGUCAACAUGGACUACUUGAAGAGCAUCAUUGUCCAAUUUCUGUCCAAACCUCCUGGAACAAGCGAACGAUCCGCUCUUCUGCCAGUUUUGGCAACGUUGCUACAAUUCGAUGCUACUGAUUACAAGUUGAUCGAACAAGGAAAGCAAAAGCUAUCUUGGUUUGGUACCCACGAGCCAGUAAUGAUUGGUGGCGAAAGGGGUGCAGCAGCUGCCUCAGUCGCCACUACAGUUCUGGCUGACUUGGGGGCGGGCAUGGCCAGUAUGUUGGCUGGAACUGCCGCCACCUCCACGCCGGGACAAGCCCCCACACCACCAACCCUCGCUGGUGCAUCAGCGGAGGUUUCCAUUUCCAACGACCAAACAAAGUCCAACCCAUCAAGUCGAACCACUUCGCUACAGUUUUAG